AUGGACACCCUUCAAUCGACCAACCGCCUCGCAGCCGCCUUGUUUACAGCGCCGGCGCACGCUGCGGCGGCGUCCGCCGCGGCAGCGCUGACGGCGAGGGACACGGGCGUGCGCGUGGCUCUCGUCGGCGCGGCCGCGGUGCCAGCCAACCGGUUCUCAUGGUCGGCGGCCGCGCGCGCCAGCCCCGCCGGCCUCACUGUGCGCGGCGACGGCCGCCAGGUGGGCACCGUGGAGUAUGCCGUCAGCUACAACCGCAGCGGCCCCGCGCGCUCCUGGCUGCUGACCGGCAGCGUCACCGUGGCCAAUGCAGCGGGCGGCGUCGCGGCGACGCUGUCAGAGGUGCAGGUUGAAGCACAGCUGCUGGCGCCGGGCGCAGCGCCCGUCAGCGGGCCGGCCGACUGCGCAAGCGACGAGACGGGCGCGGUGCGGCUGGCGCCGGGGGCCCGCGUAACGUGCCCCUUUGCGCUAGAGCUGCCUCGCGGUAGUGCGACGCGGGCGGUGUCGGUCGUUGGGCAGGCGACGCUGGCGGGCGGCGGCGGGCAGCUGGGCAGCACGGCAGCAUUUAUUGCGCUGGCAAGCGCGGCUUCAGACCCAGCCGUCGACCUGGGGCGCUGCGCAGUGCUGACAGACACCUUUGCGCCAGGCGGGGUGCUGCCUAGCGGGCUUUAUGGGGGCAAGCGACCCAACAUCGGGAGCGGUACCUUUGUGUGUGACCCUGUUGAGGUGCAGUACGUGGCCAGCUUCGGGCCGUUCUCCGGCUUGGCAGCUUGCGGCACCUACCGCGCUAUGCAGGUCGCGCGCGCCAACCCCCUCGGGGGCGAGCAGCUGACGGCGAUCGCGUCCAGCGCAGUGCUGCUGGUCGUGGACGGCUGCCAGACAGCAGCCGCGGCGGCGCCGGCGCCUCUGCUGCUGCCGCCAACGCCGUCGCCGCCGCCGCCUCAGUCACCACCGCCGCCGCCUCCGUCGCCGCCGCCGCCGCCGCCCUUCGUUGCGCCACGGCAGCCCCCGCAGCUGCUGCCGCAGUCACCGUCGCCCGUCCCGCCGGCGGCGGGUGAGUACUCAUACACCUAUGAGUACGAGGAGAAGCCCAAGGGACCGUCACCGGGUGACAUCACGUACGACGACAGCCGGGCCGCAGGCCGCCGCCGUCGCCGGCUGCAGGUGGCACGGGACUGGCAUGUCGCGGCAGAAGCAGCCGGCCUGGUACGAUCGCACGUGAACACUGCGACAGCUGCUGGGGCUGAGUGGCCCACCAUUGCCAUUUUAGGCCUGCAGGUGGCGAAGCCCGUCGCUUACGACUGGCAGCCCAAAGUAGCGGCCAGCCCCAAGUCUGUGGUCGUGCAGCGCGGUGCCAGCGCGGCCGUCCAAUACAAUGUCACCUUCACGCGCUCGCAGCGCGCAGCGGGCCACCUGCUCACCGGCUCCGUCCGCAUUGCCAAUCCGGCCGCCGCCCCCAUGGCGCUCGCCAAGGUGACCGUCGAGGUACCGCGCCCCGCCGGCGCGGCCGCGGCGUGGGUCCGCGCGUCGUGCCCGGUCGACGCCAAGGGCGCGCUGCUGCCCAUCGCCGCGAAGGGCGGCGUGACCUGCGGGUUCACGCUGCCGUAUGCGUCGGCCGUGCCGCUGGGCACGGUGGUGGCGCGCGCUGUCGGGGUGGCCGGGUCAGAGCACAGCAGCGGCGCCGUCCCCUUCACGACUGCCAGAGCGGCCCGGCAGGUGCUGGGCGCGUGUGCGCUGGCCAGCGACACGUUCGCGCGGCCGGAGGCAUCCCAGCCCCUGCUGUUGGCGCCGGCUGCGCUCAACGCGAAGCCGGCGUCGGGCAGCAAAGCCCCGGAGCUGCCGGGCGGGCAGCUGCUGUGCGGCACCCAGGCCUUCUCCUAUACGGCGCGCAUUGGCCCCAUCCCCAGCGCAAUGCGCUGCGGCUCCUUCAAGGUGGUCACCACGGCGCGCGCCAGCGCGACCAACGGCACACAGCCCACCGCGGCCGCAACGGCUUCCGUCGCUGUCGAGGUCGCGGGCUGCCCGCCGUCCGCUUCCACAUCCCCCACGCUCGCCCAGCUGCUGGCCACUGGCGGGCCACUCGCAACGCGCAGCAGCUCGAGCAACGCGCCGCCAGCGCCGGCCGGCGGCAGCAUCAGCGCUGCCGGCCUGACGCCGGGCCUGCAGUUGGAGUCGGGGGCGUGGGACCCGUCAGCGGCCGAGCCACAGGGCGCCGCCGCUGGCGCUGCUGCGCCGCUGCAGCUGCCGCUCGUGUCGGCUUUGGUGGCGGGCGUGCGGCCGUCGUCUGCGUUCAGUUGGUCUGUGAGGUCGCAGCCUGCGCCGCCCUCGAUGGCGCUGGCGUACUCUGCCUCUGCGGAGGCGGCCUUCACUGUGGUCUACACCCGGACCCCCAACUCCGCCGCCGGCCGCCGUGCGGUGACGGGGCGCAUCACUGUGACUAAUCCCAAUCUGAUUGACGACCUGCCCCUGGCGCGCGUCCAGGUGGAGCUGUUCCGGCCGGGCGCGGCCGGGCGCGGCGCCGCGGCGCUGGCGACGUGCGCGCGCACCGCCGACGGACUGCUUGUCGCUGGCAGCCAGCUGACAGGGACGGGGGCGCUGGAGUGCGCAUUCAGCCUGGAGGCGUCCGCCGCAGAGGUCGGGCCGGGGGCGAUGGUGACGGCUGUGGUGGUGCUGCCUGAUGGCAGGGAGGCGGCAAGCGCCCCCGUCACCCUUCCCUCUGCAGACAGCAGCAGCAGCAGCAGCAGCGGGAGCGGGGUUGGCGUUACUGGCAGCAUUGCCGCCCCAGCAGGAAGGGCUUUUGGGGAGUGCGCGGCGCUGUCUGACAAGUUUGUGAUGCUGGGGGAUGACGGCAGCCGCCUGAUGCCAUCGCGCGCUGUGUCGGCGUCUGCAGCCAACCGCCUGCCGGGCGAAGGCGGCGGCGGUGCGCCGCCAGAUGUGGUGUGCGACAGCCGCACUGUGACUUAUUCGGCGGUGUUUGGGCCGCUGGGCGCGGCGGCGUGCGGGACCUACACGGCCUCCAACAUGGUGAAGGCAGACCCCACCUCCGGGCCCCAGCGCACCGCGGCCGCGCUUGCCGAUGUCACCCUGACCGUGAAGGGCUGCCCCGGCGCCGUCGUGCGUCCCGAGGUGCUGUCCGCUGUCCCCCAGGUCCUCUCGGGCAGCAUGUGGGGCAUCAGCGCCUACGUGGACGCGCCCACCAUCACGCUGCACUGGUCCAGGAGCGCGCGCGUCGAGUUCAGCGCAGGGUAUGUGCCCAAGCCGGCCGCAACGCUCCAGGUCAUUGCAGGCGCGGCGCGCGUCCAGAACCUUGGGUCUGCCGCGGCGCAACUGUCGAGCGUGCAGGCAGAGGUGGCCGCGGCUGACGGUUUGGCUCCGCCAGCGUCUGUGGCGGCCGACUGUGGGCUUCCUGCCGACGGGACACUCGCGGCGGGCGCCAGCGUCGUCUGCCGCUUCGCUGCGCCCUACCCAGACGCGAGCAGCGGCAGCGUCUCAGUGCGAGCACUGCUCGCGGGCGGCGCUGGCGACCGCAGCAGCCGGCCGCUGACAUUUGACUUUGGGCAGACGGUCAAGCGCGUCGCGGCGGGCGGCUGCGCGGUGGUGUCGGACGGGUUCCUGUCGGGCGGCUCCCAGCUGGCGCCCAACUCAACCAGCCGGCCGCGCGAGGCUGAGGCGCCCCAGAUGAUAUGCGACGGCCAGAGCAUCAGCUUUGGCGCGCAGCUGGGGCCAUACACUCGCAAGUCGUGCGGCAGCUACCUGGUGACAUACAUGGCUCGCGUCAACCCGGUUACGGGUGACAUGCCGGUGCCCGCGCAGAGCGCGUCAUCUACGGUGCAGCUGACCAUCACCGGCUGCUGA